AUGGCAGAGACAGCGCCAAAGAAACAAGCAUGCCCCGGCUCUUGUCACUGCGGAUUUACGCAGUACAUCAUCCUCCUCACACUUCCACAGCCGUUCUCGUCGUCUAAUCCACCACAACCGACCCAACAACAAAUCUACCGCUGUAACUGCACCACGUGUUACAAAUUGAACCUCUUCCACGUUCAUCCUGCCAAUCUCCGCGAGGAUUUCAUGCUCCUCUCACCACUUGAUCCAGAUCAAGACUUGAGUACCUACCAGUGUUACGACAAGAAACGGAAAUUCUAUUUCUGUCCAAAAUGUGGAGUGCGAUGCCUCACGUUUGGUGGCGUGGGCGAGACUGAAGUCGUGGAUUUGACAGAGCUUGCUGGUACUAAAGAUGGGAAAAGAGAAGUUUGGCGCGCGAAGUGGGGUGGGGAGAGUGAUACGACAACCUAUGUUUCAGUCAACGGGACUACGAUUGAUUACAGAGAGGACUUUGAUCUACGCGCUCUCACUGAAGAGAAGAGAGUGCAGUAUUUCGACGAUCGAACUGAGCCUGAGGAGAAGAAGAAGGAAGUGAGAUGGGACAGACCACAUUAUGGUGGAAGUUAUUAA